ACUCCAUCUCACCAUCUCCAUGCACGUACUACUACUAUAUAUAUUUUGGCCACCCAUUUUGCAUUUUCUGUAAAAUAAAAUUAAAAAAAUAAUACCGCUCACUAGUAAAAUUAAUUAUUUACUCUUUAAUCCCCAAAGAUAAGUAAUUCAAAGGUUUCCAAUCAUGGUGAAAGCAAAUACCGCUUUGUUUGUUCUCGUUGCACUUUUCCUCUUUGCUUCUCUAGCCCUUGGGGCUGAUGAGACCUCCAAAGAUGAUGAAGUAAAGGCAAAAGUGUUAGGACAUGGAGGCGGCUAUUACGGCGGGAGUUAUGGCGGCGGAGGCGGAGGCGGCCAUUACGGCGGUGGAGGCGGCCAUUACGGCGGUGGCGGAGGCCGCGGUUACGGUGGGCAUUGCAGACACUGCUGCGGCGGGUACUACGGUGGGCAUUGCAGUAGAUGCUGCGGCACCGCUGAAGAAGCUCUGGCUUACCAUCAACAAACCCUCCGCGGCAAUAAUGAGGCCAAGCCUUAGAGACAUAUAUAUAUACACACAUAUACAUCUAAAAAUUAUAUAUAUAUGCACCAUGCAACAUAAGUCCAAUAAUAUGUAUUUGUCAAACCGAAUGUAUAAUAUACCCCACAAUAAUGAAAUAAAAGGACUAUCCUCAUUCAAAAAUCUUGUUUUAUCGCUUCUACUUAAUCAGAAAAUUUACAAUCUCAUUUCUCAGGUUAGUUACUAAUGUCAAAUAGAAGGGAAUGGAUGGGAAAACGUUUGUUGGAAAAUGGUUGGAUAAAUCCCGAAUUUUUAAAUGGUGUUCAAGAUUUUAUGAAAGUUGCAUUUGCCAAUAAUGAAGAUAUGGUAAAAUG